CCCGCAGCCGAACUGCUAAUUGUCUUUCCCUAGCCCCUUCCCUCUUGCUUUGGAGACCAACGGCGCAGUCGAAGUCGCCGCCGCCCUGCCGCAGGUUGCCCGACCCAGUCAGCUUCCCAGCCGCCUCUCUCUCAGGCCAGUCUUCCCAUUUCCCCACUCAGGCCAGUCUCUCUCCCUGGACGCCCUCCGUCGGUCAUCGAACUCUCUCCCGUAGAACUCUAAGUGACGGGCGGUGAUCAUUGCAUUGUAUAUUGUGGAUAUGCAACGAUUCAAAGUCCUUGCGCAAGUCCGGAGGUCCCUCUCCACCAUCCGCUGUCCUCUCUUUACUACGACGAGACUCGUCUCUACCCACGAUGAUCAACCUCAUAAUGAGGUGCUCGUGGAGGGUAAGGCAAGCACCCGCGCUGCUAUCCUCAAUCGGCCUUCUAAUCUCAAUGCCCUCACAACAAAUAUGGCAAUUCAGUUGAAAAAGCUAUAUGAGUCAUGGGAGGAUAACCCAGAUAUUGGGUUUGUUAUCAUGAAAGGUAGUGGUAGAGCAUUUUGUGCUGGCGGUGAUGUUGUUGCUCUUUAUCAAUUACUUAAUGAAGGCAAGGUGGAAGUGUGCAAGGACUUUUUCAGGAAUCUAUACAUGUUUAUUUAUACUUUAGGGACCUAUUUAAAGCCUCAUGUGGCUAUUCUAGACGGUGUUACCAUGGGGGGUGGAGCGGGAGUCUCAAUUCCUGGAACAUUUCGUGUUGCAACAGAUAAGACUAUGUUUUCUACACCAGAAAUUCAUAUAGGCUUCCAUCCUGAUGCUGGAGCUUCCUUCUACUUGUCACAUCUAACUGGUCAUAUAGGGGAAUAUUUGGCCUUGACAGGUGAAAGACUUAAUGGCAUUGAUAUGCUUGCAGUUGGCCUUGCUACACACUAUACAAUAAGCGCCAGGCUUGAUUGGGUUGAUGAACGUCUAGCUAAGUUGAUCACUGAUGAUCCUUCAACAAUAGAUACUUCCCUUUCAACUUAUGGUGAUAUUGUUUAUCCAGAUAAGAAUAGCAUUGUUAACAGGCUGGAGGUAAUAGAUAAAUGUUUUGGUCUUGAAUCAGUUGAAGAAAUUUUGGAUGCUUUGGAGACUGAGGCAGCCAGAUCAAAGCAAGAAUGGUGUACUGUUGCAUUAAAGAAAUUGAAAGAAGCUUCUCCAUUGAGUUUAAAAGUCGCCUUACGAUCGGUAAGAGAAGGCAGAUUUCAGACUCUUGAUGAAUGCCUUGUUCGAGAGUACAGAAUGUCUCUUCAUGGGAUCUCAAAGCCACUUUCUCAUGACUUCCUUGAGGGUGUCCGAGCACGGCUGGUCAACAAGGACUUCACUCCUAAGUGGGAUCCCCCAACAUUGGACAAAGUACCAGAAGACAUGGUUGAUCAUUAUUUCUCACCUCUCGGGGAUUUGGAUUCUGAACUAAAGCUACCUACACACUUGCGUGAAGCCUUUAUUUGAUUUAGUACCGAAAAUGGUCUCAUUGUGCCGGAUGCAGCUCAGAGAACAUAAUCUAAAAGCCAUUUUUUGAUCAUGAAGUUGCUUUUACAUAAGAGGUGGCAGGUACUAACACAAUCAAUUUCCACCCAUUAUUUUGCUUCAAAGUGAAAUUAAUGAUUUUGGACACGUGAAGAACCAAAAUCUUAGUAUCACUAGAGAGCUGCAUUUUUAUGCUCCAUGCAAAUAAUGGUAGAUUGAACUUGAUAUCUUUAAUACCUUCACUUCCUUAACAUAUGGUCUCAAAACCUUGUUAGGCUGCAUUUCCUUAACACCACCAUGAUGCUUAGACUGCUCUUUCUGCUUCAAAGAUAAUUAAAAAAUGUUAAAAAAAAUCCUAUUAAAUUUAUAGGCACUGUCGUUAUAUUUGCAAUUAUCAUGAAAGCAUUUGAUGUUAAAAGA